AUGACACUACUUGCGGGUCUUGCACUUCAGAAAGCGACGCAGUUUCUUCAACAUCUCCAAACACUUGCUCAGCUAAAUGUACAAUUGGCUCAAACGGCUGCGCAACUUGCACAGAUGACACUACUUGUGGGUCUUGCACUUCAGAAAGCGACGCAGUAUCUUCAACUUCUCCAAAUACUUGCUCACCUAAGUGCACAGCUGGCUCAAAUGGCUGCGCAACUUGCACAGAUGACACUACUUGCGCGUCAUGCACUUCAGAAAGCGAUGCAGUAUCCGGAAACAAAUGUGUAG